AUGAGCGCAUCGAGAAUGCCUUGCCAGCCAUCCCCGGAUGCUGCCGCAGCUGAGGCUGUCCUUCUGGCUGAGAUUGGUCCUGAGGCCGUGCAGGUUCUCCGGCCGUAUUAUUCAGCCCUGGUGGGUGUUGCGGACUUGGCACGCACUGCAGGAGGCCAACAGUUAAGAUCUCUGUUGCGCCACAUUGGCGAGUUGACCUGCAAAGUUGCUGCUCUGGAGGACGCCUGUCAGCAUUGGCAAGCAGUGUGCAAUGGCUUCCAAAAGCAGCUGACGCAGGUCAACUUUGCACAAGCCGCAGCCAGGCAAGCAGCUGAUGGGCAGCGAAUGCGCUCAAAUGCCAUGCAGGCGCAACUGCUGGACAUGAUGAAGGAACACCAGGCUGGUGUUCUGGCUGCAAGGAAGGACGCCAGCGUGUCGCAGGCGGACAUAAGCAGACUUCAUGGAGAGCUUCAGAAGAGCCAGACAGAGGUGGCGAUGCAGCAGGAGGAGAUCCGACGUCUCCGCAUCGAGCUGCAGGCCGUCGGAUCCCAGCAUCGCCAGCGCGACAUGGACCUGGAGGCCGAGCGCUUGCGAGCAGCGGGCUCCGACCUCGCGGCGGCGCACGCCGGCCAGGAGAAAGCAAGGCUCAAAGCUACCCUGAGGCGGGUGGACGAUGAUCAGCGCGAGCAGAUGGAGAUUUUGUCAGCUCAAGCUCAAGACGAGAAAUGGCGGUUGCAGCAGCGCUUGGAGGCCGAGCAUCGCGAGCUGGUGACUUGCCGUCAGGCUGCUGGAGUCUCUGAGGCAGUGCUUGCGGAGGUCCGUUCCCUGGUGCCUAUUGCAAUUGGUGCUGUGGACUUCGUCAGAGAUUCCGAGAGCCCGGCGAUGAAGUUAGCACGGGGGCCAGUCUUGCUUUCUGCAAAUACUUCUGUCCGGAUACCAGUGCUGGCCUUGAGGUGGGGACCUGGAGCAAGUUUGAAUUCCACUCCAGGUUGGCAGGCGGUCAGGGAGGGCUUGUUUGCCCUACUCCAUCAGUUGCAAUCUGGCGCAACCAUGCCAGAGAAGGUGGAGCUGAGUGUUUGCGAGGUGGACGGCCGUUGGUUUUGCUGCGAAGCAUCCGAAGCUCAUCGAUUCGCAGCGCUCCUCAUGUACCAGGUAUUGCAUCGUGAUGCUCCUGUGUGUCCGACAUGCCGAGUCACAUCUGCUCACAAAGUCCUGUCCAUCCCGAAGGAGGAUUUCAGACAACAUUCUGGGCUGAGUGUGAUGAGCUGCGGAGCAGUUUGGAGAGAUCCUCCAAAGGAUGACGAGGAUUUCCUGCGGGCCUUUCUUGUUGGUUCCCCAUUGAAGGAGGCCAUGAUCGAUUUCCUGUAUCACCAGCGGCGGAACCGUGUGGAAGAUGCGUUGCAGCGCGAGACGGCGUAUGGCACGUCGCCACCAUUUCUGGCCGGCCAUGGCCCUUCACAGCGGAAAGAGGAGCUUGUCGAGCGCGCAGCUCUGCCAACAAGCUUCUGGCACCAGCAAGACGCAGGAGCUUCGACAAGUCUGACACCAGCUGUUCAGGCUGCUUCGACUGCGUCCGCUCCAGCAUUUCGUGAGGGUUACAGAAAGCAAGCUCCCAUCUGA